AUGGUUGACGCAGUCAAUGUUUUUAGUGUGUGGGAUUAUGUUGUGUUCAGUUGCAUGCUCGCUAUAUCCUUGUUCAUCGGGCUGUAUUAUGGAUGCACCGGGGGAAAGCAGAAAACCACGGCGGAGUUCUUGAUGGCAGACCGGAACAUGAGUCCCUUCCCAGUGGCGAUGUCUCUAGUAGCAAGCUUCAUCUCUGCAAUCACGGUACUCGGCACGCCAGCUGAGGUUUACAUCUAUGGCUCCAUGUUCUGGCUUUUUGGUGUGUCUUACAUUCUGACUGGAAUUGUUGUAACUAGGUUAUUCCUGCCCGUGUUCUUCCGAUUAGAAGUUACCAGCGCAAAUGAGUAUCUUGAGAAACGGUUCAAUAAAGUCGUCCGAGUUGCAGGCACCUUGACUUACUUCAUUCAAAUGGUGCUGUACAUGGGGAUUGUAAUAUAUGCGCCAGCAUUGGCAUUUAAUGCAGUGACCAAUGUGAACCUAUGGGGAAUUGUUGUAGUUAUAGGAGUGGCUUGUACAUUCUACACUACAGUGGGCGGUAUGAAGGCAGUAUUGUGGACGGAUGUUUUCCAGAUGUGUGUGAUGAUGGCUGGAUUCUUAGCUGUUAUUAUACAGGGAUCAAUACUACUUGGAGGUUUCAAGAAAGCCUGGGAAAUUGCUGACAAUGGAGGGCGUAUUGACUUCCAGAAUAUGUUUUCUCCAGAUCCAACUAUUCGACACACGUUUUGGUCAGUGUGUAUUGGAGGCUGUUUUACAUGGAGUGCAACGUACGGAGUCAAUCAGUCACAAGUUCAACGCUACCUGACUGUUGGAAACAUGAAGAAGGCUAAAAUGUCGUUAUAUCUAGCUACGAUUGGAAUGGUGAUUGUUGUAUCAUGUGCUUGCUCUGCUGGAUUGGUGAUGUAUUCAUACUACUUCACUAAAGGAUGUGAUCCAUUUACAUCAGGGCAAGUAGGACAAACCGAUCAGCUGAUUCCGUUUUUUAUAAUGGAACUCUUUGGAUCCUUUCCUGGUCUACCAGGUUUGUUCACAUCCUCAGUGUUUUGUGCUGCACUAAGUACCGUAUCAUCUGGGCUCAACUCUCUGGCAGCCGUGACGGCAGAAGACUUGGUCAGGCCAUGCUUUAAGAAAAUGAGUGAAGAAACGUUCACCAAGAUUACCAAAGGAAUAGCGAUGGCAUUUGGUUUGCUGAGUAUCUUUGUUGCGUAUAUCGUGUCCCUCGUCAACCAAGGCAUCUUACAGUUGGCCUUGAGUCUCUUUGGUAUGACUGGUGGUCCUUUAAUGGGUGUCUUUAGUCUCGGAAUGUUUUUCCCACAUUCCAACUCAAAGGGAGCUGUGAUUGGUUUGAUGUGCGGGCUUGGAUGUGCAUUCUGGAUAGGAAUUGGCUCUCAGCUUUACCCUCCAGAGGUCUACAAACCAGACCUCAUCACUGAUAAUUGUGUCUGUAACGUCACGUGUUCCUGGAACAUAACUGUGACGUCAUCACCCGAGGAACCGAGACCCAAAAUAGCUGGUCUCUACAGUCUGUCAUAUGCUUGGUACAGCUGCACCUAUUGGUUGAUUACCGUUGUUGUUGGUCUUCUUGUUAGCUUUAUUACUGGUGCUGAGAGACGUGAGGAUAUCGAACCAGCUCUAAAGCAGCAUAUUGCUGAUGCGUGUUACUGCUGUCUACCAGAGUCAAUUAAGAAACCAAUGCGAUGUGGCGACGACAAGCUCGAAGAUGAUGACUACAAGGAUCCAGACGAUAAAAACAUAUAUUGUGUCCAAGAAGAUGAGAUCAAAAUUGCAAGCGAUUUCAGUUCAAUGCAGGAAAUGGGUACACAGACGUAUAAACCUCCCUCGGACCUAGCCGGAGUAUACAACAACGAAUCAUAUAAGAGUAAUGAAGAUACUUUGACGGAACUGUAGCUUGCUGUAAAUUAUACAGGUGAUCUUUCCAUGAUGUGGCCUUACUAAAUAGGCGAUAGUAUCGUGCUUAACUUUGAUCGAGCGUGCACUUCAUUAGUGACCUAGUUGACUUUCAAAUCAAAUAAUUUAUUAUACCAGGACAAAUGGUUCAAAUGUAACUCCUUGUACCGAUUGACGUUAAUCAAUUAGAACCCAAUCGAGCGUUUGGGGUUAGAAAAGAGUAAAGUAUCUUCUUAACUAUGCAAGUUUGUAGCUCUGUACUACUGUUACAGUAAAUAAUUAUGUUGCAUGAAAUGUCAAUGAUGUACGACCAAUAAAACCAAAAUGUGGUAUGAUUUUUUAUUUUUUUUAUUUUAAUAAAACAAGAUUGAUAUUUCACUUAAAAUAAUAAGUAAAGAGAGUUACAAAAAAGGCUGUAUAUUAUGCAAACUGCACCAAAUUUAUUGUUUUAGCUAGAAUAUGUAUAACAUAAAACUACACUAACUAAAUAAAAAAAAGUUAAAGAACAUCUCUUAUUGCAAUGUUGCAAUAUUUUCAAAUCAUAUUCCAAUUGAACAUUUAUACCAAAAUAUAGAAGCAGGAAUGAGGAAAACUCCUGAUAAAUUACACAUUUUUCUUAAUAGCCUCCUUUCUAACACAGCAACAAAUCAAAUACACGAACUGCACUUAAAAUAAACUUUUAAAAUAUAUUAUAAAACACACUCCAAAAUGUUUAUCUCAGAACUUGCCAUGGCAUGUAAAAGCAAAUUGUAUGCCAUUAUAACACUUUU